GUACCUCCGGUGAGCAGCGAGCACGGGACGUGGUCGGAUUGGAGGUGAAAGAGAAGAUUGCAACACAGCAGGUCAUAGGGGGAGGAUCCGAGCCCCGACGGCGGUGAAAACGCAACGCUGGCAGCGGAGAGUUCACUGGGACUCAGUUCAGCGGAAGUGGAGCUCGAGCGAAGUCAGUUGGCCCAACAGGUGUCAGUAAUUUUGUGGCUCCCUGUUUCCAGCCUCUCAAGUGGUUCAGAAAAGUGAGUAGAAAAGUUUUAGUCGGUUAGAAGGGCAAGAAGAAGAUGUCGAACCUCCGACCCAGGCUGUGUGUGCUGGAGAAAGGACCCAGCGGCUACGGGUUCCACCUGCACGGGGAGAAGGGCAAGACCGGGCAGUUUAUCAGGCUCGUGGAGCCCGACACUCCCGCUUCCGCGGCCGGGCUUCUGGCGGGCGACCGCCUGGUGUUCGUGAAUGGAGAGAGCGUGGAGGGCGAGAGCCAUCAGCAAGUGGUCGCCCGGAUACGGUCCACAACCGGGGCUCUGGAGGUUAUCGUGGUGGACGGCGAGACGGCGGAGCUGCUCAAGAAACACAACCUGCAGUGCCGGAAAGAGUUCGUCACGGAGGGGAUUCCCCUGCCCGGGGGGGACAGCGACUCUGACCGCGGGGACUCGAAGAACAACGGCACCCCGAGGGAGUCCAGCCCUGUCCCGCCCGAGAACGGGGACGCUUCCUCGGAGAGCUCGGACAGGUCGGGGAGGCUGAGUGUCAGCUCCAGCACCAAGGAGGAGGGGGGGGGGCUGCGCCCGCGGCUCUGCCGCAUGAAGAAGGGAGCCAGCGGCUACGGCUUCAACCUGCACAGCGAGAAGACCAAACCGGGCCAGUUCAUCCGAGCUGUGGACCAGGACUCUCCGGCACAGAGAGUCGGCCUCCGACCACAGGACAAGAUCGUCCAGCGGGCCCCGAGGACGGCCCCAGCAGCUGACAGCCUGGCUCUGAGCAUGUCGCUGGCCGAGGCCAAAGAGAAAGCUCGGCAGAAACGAGCUGCCAAGAAAGCCCCGACCAUGGACUGGAGCAAGAGGAACGAACUGUUCAGCAACCUAUAAUCAUCAUCAUCAUCAUCAUCAUCAUCAGGUCCUUCCAGACCGUCUCACCGCCCUGUGUCCGCGCCCUGGAUUUGGUUUUAGCUGGACACAAUGUUCAUUUACAACAUUUUAAACUCAUCUCAACAGUAUUAUUUGAUGAUUUUGUUCUUUUUAAUUUAGUUUUGCCAUUUUUUCUUUCUCGUGUUUUAAGAAUUGUUGAUGUCACACACACAGGAAUGAAUUUUAAUAUAUUAAGAAGGUUUUAAAGAGUGAAUAAAUUGUAAUGAAAAGGAGCAUGUAAGGAAUAAUGGGGGCAUAGGGAAAAUGUUUUCUUGGCUAAUUGAGUCACAGUUGGACCAAAUGUCAGAUUUUGAUGUCUACAAUCAGCACCUAGAAUGGAAGACUCCAUUAUCUCUGCUCGGUAUCUGUGAAGGAUCAACGCUGAAUAAGUCUCGGCAGCCCUUGUUGUCAGCAGUGGGUUAGUCUUCAGAAGGUCAAAGGGCCUGUUUCUCUGAACCAUGGAC